AUGGUUCAUUUUCGCAGAUACGGAUUGGCACCUGCUGGAAAAGUCAAAUUACUAACACCUCAUGUGCCAGCUUCCGAGCACUCUUCCAAUUCUUCACACAAAUACAACGGAGGAAGAAAGAAAUUGAGAAAACAUUUUCAACACAACAACAAGUACAAGAGUGGAGCUCAUCGAUUGGUGUCGUCAUUCGAACCCCCAAAUCAGAGCUCUAGUUCCCUUGACAAUGAAGAACAUGGAACUCCACACUACUUGUCCAAUAGUGAACAUAAAUUUAACACACUGGAAGGAAUGAAUCGUUUGGAAUUUCAAUGGACCAUUGUUCAUGAAAAGAGAUUACAAAUCAAAGCAGAAGCUUUUUACAAUAGAAACAACAAAAAUCAUAAGAAAUGGCAUAGAAAUCAUCCCAAAGAUGGAUUUUAUCAAUUGAGACAAGUGUUUGAAGCACACCAUGAAACCAAUGAAGAAGAAAAAGAAGAUGAGAAUGUUUAA